CUUCCAGAUUUCUUUUGUUCAGACGAAGAAAUCCCGGAUCAACUUGGAUAUGAGAUUAUUGAGAUAAUCGAGGAACAAACCUCAAAUGAUCCAAUUGUGUCCAUCGAAUCUCCUCCUAGUCCAUUAUUUGAGCUUUCUUGUGUAGAACCACAGCCACCAAUACCAAUCACACCAACUACACAAGAAAACGGUAAAUCUGGUGAAGAGCCAUUGAGUAAUCCUCGUAAAUGUGCCGAUAAACUUCGGAAAUUUGCCCCAAGAACAGCCAUCGACCAGCUGUCCCAACUUCAUGCAGAAAGACAAGCCUUCCAGGAAAAAAAAUUAAAGUUAGAAACCGAUAAACUCAUUCAAAAUGCCGAUAUUGAAGAAAAAAAACUUAAUCUAAAAAAAGAAAAAAUGCAGAAAGCAUUAGAAAUAGAGGAGAGAAAACUUCAACUCGAAGAAGAAAAGAUAAAAAAUGAUUUUGAGAUAAGAAAGCUCCAAAUUGAAAAAGAUGAACGAAUUGCAUUGAGAGAAAUUGAACUGAAAUACAAAAAUGGAUAA